UAAUAUUCAACUUCAUUUCAAUAGUAGAAAUGAUGCCGCCGUGUAGACCUGGCUUAGUACCGUUCAUUUUUCCUUGUACAGGUAUACCUUCACGCCACCAUGACAGCUUAGCAGGUGGAUUGCUAGAGCUAGAGUCACAAAUCAACGUCGCUUCCUCGCCAGGCUUGAGUUCCGCAGCUCAAAGGACUUAUGGGCCACCCUGUACUACUCUAGAUAGUGGUAACACUGCUGCUGAUGAUUUGAACACUCUAGAUAAUGAUAUCCAGCAACAACAACAAGCUAGCGGAAGUCAGUCUAGUCAACAACAGCAACAGCAUCCGAAAACAGCAGCAACGUUGAGUUUGGAUCAACAUUACUCGUACAUAAUCAGCUCUAACGACAGGAAGCAACAUCAAGUUGAGGGUAGUCAUUGCGGACCAAUAACUAACCAAAAAACAAGAAUAAGUGGUACCUUGAGAAAGAAUCGCAAAACUGUUCCUAAAAAUAUCAUUUCUCAAAAGUUUAAAAGAGAUCAAAUAGCUGGAAAAGAGUCAGAGGGCGUAAAAAUUAUGAAGUGGUGUGGCAGAGAAGAAUUGCAACCAGAACGGCCAAGAACUCCUAAAAGAUACCAUACUCUUACUGUAGGGGAAACCGAAAACAAAAUGAGGAGAAAAUGUGUAGGAUGCUACAAAUUACUAAGAAGAACAAUGAAUAGUCGCGAAGCUGACAAAAAGAUGAUGUCAGUUACAGUAUCGGGACAGAAUAUUGAGGAACUGCAGGAGAACAUCAAGAUAGUGUUAGAUGAAUCAUACAAUCAGCGAUCACUACCUAGUGAAAUGAGCAGUAACUUUCAGAUUACUCAGCCCGCCAAACUGUUUUUCUGCGAUCACAUAGACCACAUGCGAACAAAAUAA